AUGAAGGAAAGAAGACUCACGCAGCCGUUUGUAGCGAGGUGUAAACUAGUGCUGGUCGGGGACGUCCAAUGCGGUAAAACAGCGAUGUUACAGGUCUUGGCAAAGGACUGCUAUCCAGAGACUUACGUCCCCACUGUGUUUGAGAACUACACAGCCUGUCUGGAGCUUGAAGACCAGCGUGUUGAGCUCAGCCUUUGGGACACAUCAGGUUCUCCAUACUACGACAACGUCAGACCCCUCUGCUACAGCGACUCAGAUGCAGUGCUCUUGUGCUUUGACAUCAGCCGACCAGACAUAGUAGACAGUGCACUGAAGAAGUGGAAAGCAGAGAUCCAGGACUUCUGUCCCAGCACACGGAUCCUGCUAAUAGGCUGCAAGACAGACCUGCGCACAGACGUGUGCACGCGCAUGGAGCUGUCCAAUCAGAAACAGACUCCCAUCUCCCAUGAGCAGGGUUCGUCCAUGGCCAAGCAGCUUGGAGCAGAGGCUUACCUGGAGUGCUCAGCCUUCACAUCAGAGAAGAGCAUCCACAGUGUCUUUCGUACUGCGGCUCUGGCCUGCAUGAACAAACUCCAGCCUGCCAAUAAACCCAGCCCCGUCCGCCGCCUCUCCAAGAGACUCCUACACCUGCCCAGCAAGACAGAGCUCCUCUCCUCCACCUUCAGCAAGGACAAGUCCAAGAGCUGCUCCAUCAUGUGAAUACUGCUGAGAUCAUGCUGGAAGAAAAAAAAAAAAAGAAAGCAAGGACAAACAGACUGCAGAUGCUUUAGCGGGGGUCCAGGGUGUGCAAGGGAAAGAGAGCGAUGAUGUGGAUUUCUGCAAAGCCUCUCUCUCCUUUGCAGCAUCCUCCCCAAAACUCCCCGUCAACCACUUCAACUGCAAACGCUCUCUAUAUUCAACUCUGACACUGAACUUUUGAUCAUGACUUGUCACCAGCACACAGUGCAGAGAGGGAGUGAAAAAAAUGAUGUUGAAAAUAUUUCUGAUCAAUUAAAUACACCUGUACAAAGAGAGUGAAACAGGCACUUUGAGGUGUAGAUUCCUGACAUGAAGGUUGCUGUGAGAGCUUCAUCUUAAAUAAGGUCCUAUUUUCUACAGGGGAAGUGGCUGUAAACACUGCAUUUGACUGCAUUACCCUGAUGAGAUCCAUUUGAUAUUCUGAUAGCGUCGCCCUCUCCCAUCCAUCUCUGUAUCUGAAUGUCUCUUUAAGGUCACGAUAUGGGCUGAGUGACGAGAUGAAAUGUAAAAUCUGACAGUGACAGGAAGUGGUAUCUACAGAAAUGCGGCUCCGGGAAUUUAAAACAGCGGCCCUCGAAGAAAUUAUCCCACCGCCGACCCCUCACAGUAUUUCAUUUGGAAAUUAAAGCUGACAGUGGAGAAAAAGGGGAGAGAAGGGAGGGAUUUGGCAAGCAAGAGUGUUCAUUUGCAAAGGCAGUGGGAGGACAAACCGAGAGCACAUCUGAAGGAGCGCAAUGUGACUCAGCACUCACAUGAGCCACGGAACAGUCUAGGGUGGACGUGUUGUGACAAAAACAAACACAAAAGCCCGGGCCAUGCAAAGACUGUCUGAACAUGAUUUUGUCAGAUCCCCUUUCAUCACCCAUCACCACGGCAGUCUUAAUUGUUCAAUGUUAUCAACCAUUAGGCUUGAUUUUAGUCGUGUUGCAUUAAUGAUGCAUCAUCUCACUGUUCUCUGCUACUUUUAAGAGCUGCUUAAUGGAUCCCAGUUUUUGAUAUAUGUUCCAUCUUUAAAAGAUAGAACAAAGAUUUCUUUUCACACAAGCCAAACUGGCUGGAUUUAUUUUAAUGAAACAAAAAGAAGUCUUAGAAAUCUUUGUUUUUGAAUCCUCUGCGUCAAAGAGAAAUAGUCCUCAACUUUGACCUGCGAGCGUGUAAUGUGGGCCAGCUCACCGUGCUUCAACGAGCUCCAGGUGCUGGGUCAAAGCUGAGUUUUUCAUUGUUAACAGUUAUUUAAGAUGCCCCUGCUGACAUUUGCAGUCUGGAUAGCUGCAUUAACACUGAACGCCCCUCAGAUGAUGGGAAGGUUGAGUUGAAUCACACACAAAAACA